AUGGCUAACGCUACCAUCAUGAGGAACCGAUUACUACGGACUGCAUGUGAUCGCUGUCAUAGCCAGAAGCUACGAUGCCCUCGUCCAUCAAAAGCCGAUAGCGAUAAGGGCGACAAGACUUGUAAUCGCUGUCGAAGAGCUGGAAAGAUCUGUGUUUUCAGUAAACGUGGAAAGUCUGGUCGACCCAGCAAGAUCGUGACGGCUGGAGCACGGUUGAGGUCGUCAUUCUUGGCAGAACCCGCGGAAAGCGAGAUAUCUACGAGGGGAAGCAUCACAUCUCCAUCCCCGGAAGUUCCGAACCCUGAAGCCAUCCUGGAUAGUGUUACAGUACAGUCUGAACCUGAGGCUUCCAAGGAGAAUAUUGGAUCUGUGAGGCAUAGCGCGGAAGAUACCCGAACUCUCUCGUUAUCAGAUGUCCCACUACCGAGUUGUACGCUUGGUCAAGAAGCAAUGCCAGCCCCCACAGUUCUUGCUGUCUUGACUGCGAACUCUGACCAUCAACCUCUAAGCCUUGAGACAGACUCCACACAAACCCUCAAGGAAGUCGAGAUAGACUUUCCUACGGCCUAUGAUCUCGGCACACAUCAGUUCAACACAGAAACCCAAUCUAUCCCCACGCCUCAGCUGUCCGAAUCGCCAAACGGACUUGGCAGCGAAACAUGGAGCGAUUUCCUGCUUUCCAGCAACUUAAGCUUCAUCAACGAUAUUCCCAAUCCGGGGGUCCAAUUGCAUCAAACGGUUGAUAAACAAGGAUCAAUAUUCAACAAUUCAGACCCUGCAGCCUUCGAUUUAUCGGCAUCUGGCCAUUUUCCAUUUUUGGACUGUGGUAACGCGAUAGAUUCUCAUCCUUUUGGAGAUGUAACUGGGGUGCUGUCGGGCCUCAAUAGCAAGAUUACAUGUGCUUUAGCCAAUUACAAAGCCAUGGUUAUGAUCGACGACUCUAACAACCUGCAGCUGUACCACGUUGUACAAGAUAUAAUUGACAUAUCACGACAGUUGAUUGCUAUUACAAAGCAAUGUUUACCCUACAUCCCUACCACGCCUGACUCGUCACCUGCAAGCUCACCGUCUUCCGCAGUGGAUGAAUUGCCGGACGGUUCAUCCCGGACCGGUCCCACUAUCUUUGAUGAACAUGUCAAUUGGUCUCGAGUGAUCUUCCCAUUUCUUGCCUGUUACUCUCUUGCACUGGACUAUUUCGAGCUCGUGCUCAAUGGCUUGUACUCGGUGCCUCGUUCUAGUUUACAGUCAUCUCUGGACGCAUCCUUGAUCCCGAAUGUUUUUGAGCUCUUUUUCACUCAGAUACAAGAUGCUUUCGUGGGAAGCCAAACAUCUCUGCUAGACCCACCUCAUUCUUCUGAAAAUAGUACAAUCGACGGGACCGAACUCAAUGGUAUUGGCGAGACGCCCCUCAGCGGUAAGAAUCAGAGCGUAUUGUUUCUGGACACAGCGUUGGAUGAAAUUCGCGAAAGAGGGACACAUCUUUGGGAUCGGUCACGGAAACUCGGCAUGACGCGUCGUAGAUAG